AAAGAGUGGAGAUGUUUUUUUUUAUAAAAAAUUAUACCAGUAGGAAGAUUGAAAUGGAUAUGUUUAGUUUUGAAAAGUUAUGGCACAAACAAUUCGUGUUGAUUCUCGUGGCAAAGUUUCUUCCAACUCAAUUACAUAUUUCUAUUUGCUAGUAUUUUGUUUCAGGAAAGGUGUAACCUUUCGAUUCUUCAUCAUUUGGGGGCCAAUUUCUUGUAAAAACAGAAAAAAGAUAGAAUAACAUUGUGUAAAAGCAAAGAAUUUAUUUUAAUGCAUGUUUGUGGGGAGAAUCAGAAUGUUGAUCUCGAAAGCAACCUACUUCGUGGUUCUGAACAUCAAAAUCAAAAGCAGCAGCCCCACUAAUAGACACAAGGUUGUGGUCUAAGCAAAGGAUAAAUUGUGAAAUCGGAAUACCUUCACUUAGUAACCUUGUGUAUAAAUUCCACCAGGGUAUCCACCCAAAGCAAACUAGAAAAACUUUGAGUUUCUUGGGAAUUCAAUAGCCCCAUUACUAUACUUUUUCUAAGUGUUGUACCAACGAUCAAAUCCAAAAGGGGAUUAGGAUAAUAUAGCGUUUAGUGAGAGGAAAAUGUCUGAUUGGGGUCCAGUGUUUGUGGCGGUGGUGCUGUUCGUCCUGUUAACGCCGGGUCUGCUGGUUCAGGUGCCGGGUCGCAGCCGAUUUGUUGAGUUUAGCAACUUUCAGACGAGUGGAGUGUCGAUAUUGGUUCACUCACUUGUCUAUUUCGCCCUCAUUUGCAUCUUCUUAUUAGCCAUUGGGGUUCAUAUGUACACGGGUUAAACCCUUUACUGGAAUCAUAGUGUGAUCAUCAUGCUCCACCAUUGUUUUGCUACUAUUUGUGUUGCGUCAGAAUUGGUUGUCUUUUAUUUUUAUUUUUUUGCUUUUGCUUCUUUCUCUCUUUUUUACCAUUCAAAUUUGACGUGAUGUAUUAUGUGUUGGGAAAGCUCUAGUUAUCAAUAAAUGAUCUUUUU